CGCAAACUGAACGGUACGGUGAGAGAGUGUGAGUGAAGAAGGAAGAAUGGGAAAGCGAAAAGGAAGGGAAAAUAACGAUGACAGAAGAAAGAAGAAGAAGAAGAAGACGGAAACAACAGGCUCCGAGCAACUGCGUUUCUUUGUGAAUGAAUUUCAAUCUGCCAAUGAUGUUCAACUCUCUUCUAUAGAGUUGGAAUCCCUGAAAGCAGAUAGUUCGAUUUUGGAGCUAUCAAAUUCUCAAAAUUCAAGAGAUACAGAUUUGGAUGUGAAAUUGUUAGGUGGAGAUAUUAAAGGUGCAUUUGGGAAUUGUUGGAGACAGGUGCUGUGUGAAAGUGAAGUCGUUGAAGGCAAAAUCCCUCCCGGCAGCCCUUCCGUUCUGAUUGUGUCUCCCUCUGCUUUAAGAUCCAUACACCUCUUAAAGGGUUUUCGCUUUAUGACUAAACAAUGCAGCGCUGUCAAGUUAUUCUCUAAGCACAUCAAACUUCAAGAACAGAUUUCUUUGUUGAAAAACCGUGUUAACAUUGCCAGUGGCACACCAAGCAGGAUAAAGAAGCUCAUCGACGUUGAGGCAUUAGGCCUUUCAAGGUUACAGGUACUUGUGCUUGACAUGCAUCCUGAUGUAAAGGGCUAUUCCUUGUUUACCCUUCCACAAGUCAGGGAUGAAUUCUGGGACCUGUUCAAGAAUUAUUUUUAUCAACCGAUGAUCAAGGGUGAUCUGCGCAUCUGUCUCUACGGUCCAUAUCAGCUGGCUGCUUGUUCAAAUGGCAAAAAAAAGGAUAUAUGACGCUAAUCAUACUUGUCUUGUUUUAGGGUUGUAUACUGAAAAUAUCUUAUAUUAACAUUCCAUUAUCUUUAAAUGACAUCCAUUUUUUAUGAAACGGAAUGUUUUUACUGUUAGUACCGUAUGAUUGAAGUUAAAUUUGUCCACACGACUAGAGUGUGUUGCCGUUAAAAAGUUGAAGUGUAUCAGGAUUAUUUUUACUACUCUAACGGACCUUGUUUACAUCAAGAGACAAUAUUACUUCAAUAAAACAUUUACCGUGCAUUA